AUGUCGUUUGAACAAGAUACUGAGAGAUUUGAUUUGUGGAUUAAGAAUCACUUCUCCAUUGUGUCUCGCAAAUUCAGGAUAGCUGAUCUGAGAGAUCAUAGUCAGGGAAGAGGACUUAUAGCUACCGAGGAUAUCAAGAAAGAUGAGACCUUGUUUGAAUUUUCCCGAGAUCACAUUAUCAACGUGGAUUCUGCCACUUUAGGCCAGUUACAGAAUCGUUCUAACAAGGAGAUUUUGAUUAGUCUGAACCAAUGGGAAGCACUAAUUUUAUGCUUGGCUUAUGAACUUAUGUUAGCAGAGAAAUCCCGUUGGUGGGAUUAUCUAAGAAUUCUUCCCCAGACUAUAGAUAAGUUUUCGACUCCAAUGUUUUGGAAGGAUGAAGAUCUUGGCUUUUUGAAGCCUUCUUGUGUUACGGACAGAUUAGGGAAGCAGGAGGCCGAGAAAACUUACUUUAAGUUGGUUCCUGAGUACUGCAUCAAACUGGGAGUUCCUGAAUUGGCUAAGUUUUUGACCAUCAACCAGUUUCAUGCUGUAGCCAGUUUAAUAAUGUCUUACUCGUUUGAUGUUGAUCAUGCCGAGGAGGUUAGUGAGGGGGAGGAGGAGAGGGGGGAGAACCAUGCAGACGUUCAGGAUGACGUUCAGGAUGACGUUCAGGAUGACGUUCAGGAUGAUCCCCAGACUGAUCUCCAGACUGAUCUCCAGGCUGAUCUCCAGGCUGAUCUCCAGACUGACCUUGGUGCAGAAUCCAUUAAAUUCGAUACCUAUCUCAAAUCAAUGGUUCCCUUAGCAGAUACUCUCAAUGCAAACACCACAUUGGUCAAUGCUACCCUGCAUUAUGACCAAGAACAACUUGUCAUGAAAGCCAUAAAGGACAUUAAAAAGGAUGAACAGAUCUAUAAUACUUACGGAGACUUGCCCAACUCUGAAAUCCUAAGAAAAUACGGCUACAUAGAACUUCCUUCUUCUGCUGCCGAGUUUGCAGAUAUUCCUAGAACCGUAUUAGUUGAUUUCUACAAGCAGAAAUACACAAAAACCUUUCCUACCAUCAAAAAUGUACAUCAUCUGGUAGACAUAUUGAUUCAGCAGAUAGCAGAAUCUGACUAUCUUGAGGAAACUUUGGAUGAUUCCGACGACGGUAUAGUUCUAGAAAGAUACGAAGUUUACGCCAAUGGUGAACUUAUACCUGAGUUCAUUCUUCUUUUACUCAUUCUUUCCACUCUCUUUGAGAGUUUCCGAACUGACUCCAAAUGGUUUAGAAAACUCUGUCGUCACAUGGAUAAAUUUGAAGGUGAGUUUCAGAUCUUUGUGAACCGAGUCAUUGCCAAAUGUUAUCAGUUACUUGAAGAGAGAUCGAUUGUUACGGAUGCAUUUAUUGAUGAUCUCAAACAAAUUGUUCAGUCCAGACUUGAUCAGUAUCCUGAAAAGAUCGUCUCCUCUGAAUGCAUUCUUCCUAAGGAUUUCAGUUUACAAUUAUCCAAUAAGCAGAUUGCCGAUGUGGUGUUGAGUAAUGAGGUUCGCUGUCUACAGGACAUACUGGAUGGUAAAUUUCCUCCUAAUGAGGAUGGUUCAGAAGAGCCCAAAUUUGAAGUCAUAUCCAAUCAGAAGUUCUUGAAAAACGUCCUGAAGAGAAAGAGAGAAGAUGAUGAAAAGAGAUCGGAAAGAAAGAAUAGAAGAGUUCAAAGGAGUUAA